GUAUUUAAAUUAUCCAUGUCUAGUUGGUUUACUAACAAAGUAGGUUGUUCCUUUUUUAUAAUUCGUAGUUGACCGAGUGUUCGGGGCCAUAUUUAUCAACAGAAGACUUACUUAAGCUGCGUGGCGAAUGUAGUUCUGCUUUUGAGCGGAAUUAUGGUUUGAAGCUAUGGAAGAAUGGACUUCCAAAUGAAUUAGGUUCACUGAAUCGUACUACACGAGAAUGGUUAUCUAUGGCACUAAAAUCAAAAUCUGGGCAAGACUACAUGUGUGCGAUGGCCUACUUAGUGAACUCUUAUCCACUGUACACCAUUCGAUUUCUUGAUAAUUUACUAUCGUUUGUCUCGCCAUCGAAAAAGCGAGAUUGCUUCAAAUCUCUGGAUAUACUAAGCCACCUUUUUUGUAGCUUGAUACCGAAAAAUCGUUCUUUGAUUUCUGUCGCAAACCGACCUUCACACGUGCUAGAAAAACUAGAUACUCCCUCUUCGAAGGAAAAUGUCCUUUGCUUGUGGCAUUUUGAGGAUGAACUGAAGGCGGUGUAUUUACGGUUUAUCAAAGCUUCGGAGGUUAGCUAUUUUCGAGCUUUAGAGUUUGUAGAAACUUUUGUUAAGUGACUGUGUAGAUAAUUUCAAACGAAAAGCGUUAGGUAGUUACUUUUUAAGAGGUUCAUAACGUUGUCAUUAGGGAUUCUUGGUAGCCUUGUUCAAAAACAAGAGAAUCAAACGGUAAGUGACUGUCUUUUUACAUUUCUGUAGUUAAUAUUAAACAUAAUAAUUAAUAAACUCGGUGAUCGUAGUAAGGAGUUUGCAUCUGCAGUGAUACAUAAGUUACGUCUAAUUGGUAAGUCCGUGCUCAUAAUCACUUAGUCUUAGCUGGAAUUUCCAGUGAUUUUCUGCAUUUAGUUGUUCAAGAAGUUCGAUCUUUCUUGUUCCGUCCUAAUUUGUUGGAAAGAUCAAAAUACUACGCUAUUUCACUUCUAAGUUGUUUGGAGCUGAAGAGUUCAUCCCGUGGAAGCGGUACCGAUGCAAAUAUAUCGUCUGUGGCAUCAACAUUGAUCAAGAUAUACAUGUCGUUUUUCCGUUCCUUAGCCAAUUCCAAAGAAAUCCCCGAACGACUUACCACUAUAUUACUUAGCGGUUUAUGUCGAGUAGCUCCUUUUAUUUCUGGUAAAUGUUAUUCUUAUGGAUAUCGUAAUUAUUUUUCACUUUAUUUGUUUAUUUAAACACAUAAACGUCGGUACAAGGAGGCACCAAAUAUAUGUGCUCCACAGAAAUGAUUCGAUUUGUGUGAGGGCUGGAAUACUGUCCGGGCGCCCAAACCGAAGCUGUAUUUACGUGCAUUGCUUCGAGCCAUAUUUUAGUUUUUGUGCUUAAUAACACGCUGGUGAAUAAUUUAAAAUAGAUGUUGUGCGGUCCCAACUUAGAACUCGGUGACUAGGAACGAUGUCCUUUAACCACUUAACCUCCGACUUUCAGUUAAUGUCGUUGCAUUUUGUUCAACCAGGAGUCGAUGUUUCACUAUUCGUAACCAUAGUUUUCAGAUGGUUCUCAAGGGGCACAUAUUUUGUUUGACGAAAGUGUAACGUGAUAACUGAGUUUAGCUGUAUUCAUCGUUAGUUUAAACUUUUCGUAUUACAAAAUUUCUGAUAAAUAUUUCUAGAUACCAGUAGGUUCAUGUCCAAUAAUCUAUUAAAUAAUCCAGUCUGAUGUAAAACUACACAACCGCACUCACUUAAUGGAUCUAUCACAGACUUAAUACUUCAAAUAUACCUCGUGAUUAUCCAUCACUGGACCACGUCGUUUUAUUGCAUGUCAGUUAUUGAUCAACAUUCUAGUCAUUGAUUUUAAUAACCGAGAAUUGGUUGGUCAAAUAGUCAAUAUCAUACCCUAAGACAGACUAUUAUAAUAGUUGUUUUACGACGAAAGCAGUCGGUUCUCAACUAUUAGCCGCAGGUUUGAAAUGGGUUCUACCAGUUUGGGUCUUCAUAGGCAGUUAAUAUCACCAUCCCACACACCCUGAAGCAUGGAUCUGUGUGAAGUAGGGAGAUAAUCCGUUUAGUGGAUAUUAUUACGUAUGCAAGAAUGUUUAGAAUGGAUUAUUUCCCAUUCAUUUGCAAAAGUUUGUUCCAAGUCUCAUAUAAGUCUCUGUCCAAAUGAGUAGAGGUGAUAUAGUGGUUAAGAGUGUCUAGUGUUUCAGUUACAUUAGUUCUGUUAGCUCUGGUGGGUUGGUGCGUAUUAAGUUAUAAAAAAACUAUAAAAUCACCACUUUUUGUUUAUUCCGUUUAAUUAGAAUACAAAAUGCAGAACUCUUCAGUAUAUUAUACCAAAACAAGUACAAAGUAAGGUUUUGUAUUAUUCAUUAAUACUUCCAGUAGUUAUAUACUAUGUGUUAGACUUGAUAGUCGGGGAUAAAGAAUAAAAAAUUUCCAGCUUAUUUUAAUGACAGGAUAUAUUGCGAAUUCUAUUGUCAAUUUUCGGAUUCAUUGAUAAGAUUUCAUUAUUGUUUCUUGUGUGAUGGUGACUCGAUAGUCUAAAAAAAAAAUCAAUUUUCGAGCCUGAAAUUCAUUUCGGUUAUUCUGAUUUGAGUAGUCAGGUAGGAUGCUUAGUGUAUAUACAAAAGUAUGACUCGAAUUUAAGUAAGUGAACAAGUGUUAAACUAUUGAAUGUUGUUAACACUAAAGAAAUAGAGGAUGAAUAGUUACAAAUAAGUACAAAUAUGAUAACAAAAUUUUCGACUCGUACUAUAACAUAUUUGCUCCUUAUCUGGCGGUUAUUUUUACAUCCAUUUUCUCAUUUCUAACUAUUAUUGAAUGAUUAUAUUUUUAGAGGAGGCAUUUACAUCUAUGUUAAGUGAGGUUGAUGAUCUGUUUCGGCUUGUUCAUACCACUGGCUUCACUGUGUCUGUCCAAGCUUUGUCUGUACUUUUUCAAAUUUCGACUCAUUGUGUCGCCAUACGUGAUCGUUAUUAUCAGGCUUUAUAUAGAAAAUUACUGGAUCCUGCUAUUCAUCAAAGUUCUAAAAAUCCAAUUCUACUACGUUUAAUCUAUCAAAGUAUGGUUGGUGAUGAUGAUACUGAUCGAAUUGUUGCAUUUAUUCACAGAAUCUUGCAAUUAUGUAUUUCGCAUACAGAUCCUGGUUUUAUUGUUGGUUGCUUGAUUUUAAUUAAUAAGGUCUCAUUAUCCAAACCCAAUGUUAUAAUGGUUUCUCAAAUAAAUAAAGAACAUUUACCAGUUAAUGAAGUGACGAGUUUGGCAAAAUUCGAACAGUCCGAUGAUGAUGAUGAGGAUGAGCAUUUCAGUGAUGCACAUUGUUCUGAUGAUGAUAAUCAUAAUGAUGAAAGUGUACAGAAUGGUGUAAUGACCAAUAAAACGACCGAAUCAGAAAAAUCUACAGUUAUAACUGAUAAGAGUAAUGUAUUAUUAACAUCAUCAUGGUAUCAUCGUUCUUUAAAAAAGCAACGGAACACCCGAAACAUAUUUAAUUAUGGUUAUAAUCCAACUGUACGAGAUCCAAAAUUUGCACAGGCUACUGGAUGUUUACUUUGGUCACUUAGUCUCCUGUCAAAACAUAUUCAUCCUACAAUUAAUUUAUUUGCCAAUUCAUUAUUAAAUAAUUUACCAAUACAAUACACUGGAGAUCCAUUUACGGAUUUUGGAUUAAUGCAUUUUCUGGAUCGAUUCGCAUAUAAGAAACCAAAGUUGAAUAAAUUAAAAGAAACAAAGUCAACUACUGAAGAACCUAUUCAGAAAACUGUGCCUGGAAAGUUAUUAAAACGAAAAGAAGGUGCUUUGUCAGGUACACAAGCAAUGGCUGUUGAUAGUUCGGCAUUCCGACAACUUCCAAUAACCAGUGUUCCUGUUCAUGAACGAUUUUUCUAUAAUUAUUUCAAAUUUCUGGAGACCCAACCAGGUCGUAUUAAAAAAACUGAGAAGAAACCAAAAGAUAAUGAUGAAAAUGGAAGUGACAGUGAUUCAGUUGCUGAUUCUGAAUUCGAUGUUUACCUAGCAAAACAUGAAAAAGAUUUGUUUCCUCCGAAUGAAGAAUGGGAAAAUGAUGCUGAACCGGAAUUUAGUGAUCAAGACUUCAUGGAUAAUUCAGCAGAUGAAGAUGAUACAAAUGAAUAUGACUUUUCAGAAAUGGAUAAUAUCAAUUUGUCAGCUAAUUCAAAGUCUAAGAAAACGAAAAAACGAACUGAAUCGAAAUGCAAGUAUCACAAAUUUAAAGAUGACGAUGAAGGAGCGGUUAAUGAUGAUGAGAAUUCUGAAGACGAUAGUGAUGAUGAAGACGACGAUGAUGACUAUAUUCCUGAUAAACCAGGUCAAUUCAAUUUAAAUAAUUUAUUCGCAAGUGCUGAAGAAGUUGGUCAUUUAUAUGAUGUACAAGAAACUGCAAAAGAAAAACGACAACGGUUUUGGGAACAAAAACGUUUAUAUUCACAGAGUAGUAAUAGUAAUCAUAAACGACGCCAAUAUCGUGAAAAAGGAGUUUCGAAAAAAAGGAGACUAGAAAAUCGUGAUCAUCAUCAAUCGUCUAAUCGAGGAAAAAUGAAACUUAAGAGUCAAAAUAACUCAAAACGACCACGUCGUCAUUCAUAACCCAUUCAAAAUACAAUUUGUAUUUUGUUUCUCAGAGAAAAAUACUUUUUAUUUCUAAUUCAAGUUAUUUUUCUCGACACAGAAAAUAAUUUUAAUUAUAGUCACAAAAGUCUAAGGUACAUAAAUCAGAGAGGUAUAGAUCUAACAAGAGGGAAUUUUGCCAUUUGUUAAUAUAAUUUAUCCACUGUAUUGUUGUUACCAAAUAGAGUAAAGUUUGGUUACGAUGAAUAACAAACGUUGGGCCAAUAACUCGUUCGUUAUAAUAAGUAGUUUUUAAUAUUCGUG